AUGACUUAGCUAAAGGUUUAAAAGAUGUAGACCUUGAUUGUGGUGAAUUACCAAUUCAGCGUAGCUUAGGAAUUGUGUGGAGCAUAGAAAAUGAUCGUUUCAUGUUCAAAGUAGACAUGUCAGCUCAAGCUGUCACAAAGAGAGGUAUUCUGUCAACAAUUAACAGUUUGUUCGAUCCGCUAGGAUUUCUAGCCCCCGUAGUGCUUGAAGGAAGAUUGAUCCUUCGAGAAUUAGUAUCUACUAAGGUAGAUUGGGAUGAAACUAUUCCCCAGGACAUUGCUAGGAAAUGGGAAAACUGGAUUAGUAAAGUAGCUAAGGUUACGUCUCUUGACAUUCGUAGGAGUUACUUUGAGGGCUCAAUAAGUGAGAUGUCUGGACUUGAGUUGCAUGUGUUUGCAGAUGCUUCAGUUAGUGCAAUUUCGGCAGUGGUGUAUGUACUAGGGAAUGCCUCAAACGGGGAUAGACAAAUAGGUUUCGUGUUGGGCAAAAGUAAAUUGGCCCCAGAGCAUGGUCACAGUGUCCCUAGGUUAGAGCUGUGUGCAGCAGUGUCAAACUGUCAUUGUACCGUGAUGUCCAACUUGAAUUUUACAGUAAAGAGGUUGAAUGUCUCUCAGUUGGUAAGGCCCUACCUAGAGAUAGUACCAUUUUGUCUCUAGAUCCAAAGCUUGGUUCUGAUGGAUUAUUGCAUGUUGGUGGUCGUCUGAGUAGAAGCAAGUUACCUUUGCUAGAGAAAAACCCAAUAGUCCUACCUGGUAAACAUGCCCUGUCUAGACUUUUGGUAGAACAUCACCAUAAUUUGGUUCAUCACCAAGGUAGAACAUUUACUGAAGGUGCAGUCAGAUCUGCAGGACUUUGGAUCACUGGGGGUAAACGUCUCGUGUCAUCAGUCAUUCAGAAAUGUGUAGUAUGUAGACGACUAAGAGGACGUUUUGAAUGUCAGAAAAUGUCUGACUUACCUGAGGAUAGGGUAGAGGAAGCAUCACCCUUUAGCUAUGUAGGUGUUGAUGUUUUUGGCCCUUGGGAGGUGGUAGCUAGGCGGACCAGGGGUGGACAUGCAGCUUCCAAGAGAUGGGCUGUUCUGUUCACGUGUUUGGUUUUAAGGGCUGUCCAUAUUGAGGUUUUAGAGGAUUUAUCUUCUUCAGCCUUUACAAAUGCUCUCCGUAGGUUUGUUUCGGUCCGAGGCAAGGUCAAAAUGUAUCGCUCGGAUCGUGGCACUAACUUUGUUGGGGCCAUUGAUAACAUUCAAGUUACAGCCAUUAAUGUAGAGGAUGAAAGUGUAAAGGGAUAUCUUAAGAAGUCUGGUUCAGUCUGGGUAUUCAACAGCCCUCAUAGUUCACAUAUGGGAGGGGUCUGGGAACGGAUGAUAGGUGUUGCACGUCGGAUCUUAGAAGCAAUGUUACUUGGAGUGAAGAGCUUGUCUCAUGAUGUACUUGUGACCUUGAUGGCUGAAGUGUCAGCUAUCAUCAAUUCGCGCCCUAUAGUGCCAGUCUCAAAUGACCCUGAGGUCCCUGAUGUGUUAAGCCCUUCCGCUCUUCUCACUCAAAAGUUGGAGUGUGAUCAAGUGUCCCUUGGUAACAUGGAUGUUAAAGAUUUGUACAGAAGUCAAUGGCAGCAAGUGCAGUAUCUUGCUAAUCAGUUUUGGGUCCGUUGGAGAAAAGAAUAUCUCCAGUCCUUGCAAGGUCGUAGGAUAUGGCAUGAAGAUCAUGACCCUCUUAGGGUGGGCGAUGUCGUACUUCUACGAGAUGCAGAAGUUGCUCGAAACUUUUGGCCUAUGGCCAGAGUAACGAGAACAUUUCCAAGUCAAGAUGGUUGUGUCCGCAAAGUGGAGGUCUGUGUUGCUAAAGACAAACAGAAGGUCUUUUAUACUAGACCAGUUGUUGAGUUGGUGCUGCUUGUUAGUGCAGGCUCCAGUUAAGCAUCAAGUUAUGAAAAAGUGUAACAUUUACUGACAGUAUGGUUAUAUUGAGGUGUAUUGAACUACUGGAUAAGGUAUAUCCAUAUAAGAUGUUAGCAUUUAAA